AUGAAAGACAUCACUAGCGGCCUAUUCAAGCUCCCCACUCGGGAGGAGCGCGUCGCCAACAGGGCUGGUGCGCCCCUGAACCCGUUCAAGCUGAUGGCCAUGUUGACGCCCAUGCAAGGAGCCAUGUUUUUCAGCGGUUGGCUCGGUGAGUCUCUGACAUGGAUGGUCUCUCAAAGAAGUCUUGCACUGACGCUGUGUCGCACUGCUUUGCCCGCGAUUCAGCAUGGACGUGAGUAGGCAGAAGCCGCAGCAGUGCCCGCCCUCGCGCCAAAGCUCAUUGCAUUUGUUCCGCCCGUCAGUAUGGAUGCCAUCGACUUUUUCUCCGUGUCGCUAUCCGUCAACCGCCUCGUUGAAUUCUUCGAUAGAGAUGCGCAUACCAUCACCACUUCGAUCACUCUCACGUUACUCUUCCGUUCCUUGGGUGCCGUCGUUGCUGGUCUCAUCUCUGAUCGUUACGGCAGAAAGUGGCCUCUGGUCGUCAACCUCCUGCUCAUCGGCGUGCUCUCGCUCGGUACCGGAUUUACUCAGACCUUCCCCCAAUUUCUGGCUGUGCGAUGCUUGUUCGGCAUUGCUAUGGGUGGUAUUUGGGGCAUGGCGGUGAGUACUGGUCGUGGGUGCAGUCGAUUUGGUGCCACCUUCCAACGUCUUUGUAUGCCUGCUCUUUAUCAUUGCAGACUGCUACUGCUCUUGAGAACAUGCCCGUGGCGCCUCGUGGACUAUUCUCUGGUAUUUUGCAGCAGGGCUACGCUGUCGGCUACCUCCUCGCCGCUUCCGUCAACCUGACUUGGGUUCACCGCACGGACAAUUGGCGCAUCCUCUUCUGGCUCGGGGCUGGCUUGUCAGCAUUCGCAGCAAUCGUCAGAGCUCUGUUGCCCGAAUCCGAGCUCUUUGAACGUCAAAAGGCUGAACGCAAGGCAAAUCCCAACACGACGACCGGAGAGAGUCCUGCCAAAAUCUUCUGGCGCGAGACUGGUCAGAUGCUCAAGACCCACUGGCCACGUGUCGUAUAUGGCAUUCUUCUCAUGACUGGGUUCAAUUUCUUAAGUCAUGUGAGUAUGCCGUGGAUAGUUGCAAGCGCUGAUCGUGCGCUGACGAUCGAUCUGCACAUCCGACUCUACCGCAGUCAAGUCAAGUGAGUCAUUCCUCCAGAAUAUCCUGAAGGCUGCUAAGCGUGUUGGAGGUCCCAAGUAUGCUCUAGCCGCGACUGCGGGUCCCGUUGCUGACGUUUGCACUCCAUGUCCUUGUGUCUCAGGACUUGUAUCCAACCAUCAUCCAGACUACCAAGCUUGCACGUUUGCCGACUUCCGAGGCCAGCGCGCUCGCAAGCAAAGCCACCAUCAUUGGCAAUUGCGGCGCCGUUGCGGGAGGCCUGGUUGCAGGCUACAUCAGUCAAUUCCUCGGCCGUCGUCUGACCAUCAUCGUCUUUGUUUUGAUGACUGGAGCGCUCAUUCCCGCCUGGAUUCUACCGACCAGCUUCUCGGGUCUUGCUGCCGGCGCAUUCUGGAUCCAAUUCGGUGUGCAAGGCGCGUGGGGAGUCGUGCCCAUCUUUCUCAGCGAGAUCUCGCCUCCGGCUUUCCGCGCUACCUUUGCUGGAACAGCAUACCAGAUUGGUAACAUGGUAUCGUCAGCGUCGGCACAGAUCGAAGCAACUGGAGGUGAACACAACCAGAUCGCAAACCCUCGGUACAAUCCGGCGCUACCAGUCUCAUCAAAGAACGAGCUGACCAUUCCGGAUUACGCCAAGGUCUCUGCCAUUCUGCUGGGAGUUGUCUGCGCCUACUUGAUUGCGGUGGUCGUAUUGGGUUUGCCCGAGCAACACGGCGCGCACUUCGAAGAGGCGCCAGUCGCCACUGUUGCACAUGCUGGUGAGGUCAAGCCUGACGACCUGGAGAAGGGAGACCGCAUCGACCAACACAGCUCAACGGAACACGUGGGAGACCGCGCCAUUGAUUCUAACGAUAACAGCGAGAAGGGCUCGCAGAAGGGACACUAG